AUGGCCCAGUGCACUGAUUUCCAGCACCCGUAUGACCCUGUACGGCGGCAAAUGACAUAUGUACCAGUCAAGUCAUGGAUCAAAGCCAAUAAGGGCAAGGUGUUAAUCUACAACCCCAGUUUUUUAAAGUAUAUAUAUGACUCGUGGCUAGAGGGUAAUGGGAGAUAUCCAUCCACUGGAUUCCUGUCUCUGAUGUUUGCAGUUCACAUUUGUGAUGAGGUGAAAGUGUUUGGAUUUGGUGCUGACCAGGAUGGAAACUGGCACCAUUACUGGGAGGAUAACAAGCUGGGAGGAGCAUUCAGACAAACAGGCGUCCAUGAUGGAGACUUUGAGUACAACAUCACACUGCUCUUAGCAGACAAACACAAGAUCACACUCUACAGAGGAGGUUGAGCUCACACAUGGAAUUUUCCACAAAGCCUUAACAGAACAGAAAUACAGUACCACAAGACAGGGGCCAUUUGAGCACUUAUUACCAUUUAUUUAAGGAUUGAAAGCUUUAGAGAUUUGAUUUGAUUUGAUUUUUUUAUUGACUUUUAAAAUGAAGAUUAAAAAAAAAAAAGUUUGAUGGUUAAAAAUGAUUAAAUGACUGGUACUGAUUAAAUGACUUUGAGGCUGUUUGCAAAUGUUGCCCAUAUGAUGCAGACAUGGAUAAUAUCAGUUUCACUCAGUUUUAUUCUUUGUGAUAAUAUGAAUAAUAUGCCAUGGUUAAGUGGAAUAUAUAUAUAUAUAU